UCCCGCCCCGGGGCGGGGCCGCGCGGCGCGGGGCCGUUUGGCUCCUCUCGGCCGCCGUUCGCCGCCCGCCCCCCGCCGCCCUCCCGCCAUAUUGUGGCCGCCGCCGGGAGCCGCCGCCUCAGGAGCCGCGAUGGAAACCAUGGCGAGUCCUGGAAAGGAUAACUAUCGAAUGAAGAGUUACAAGAACAAAGCCCUAAAUCCUGAGGAAAUGCGUCGGAGAAGAGAAGAGGAAGGAAUUCAACUGCGCAAACAGAAACGAGAGCAACAGCUCUUUAAAAGAAGAAAUGUGGAACUGAUCAGUGAAGAUGCCUCCAUGUUUGACAGCCUCCUCGUGGAUUCCUAUGUUAGUUCUACAACAUGUGGGGAGGGAGUGAUCACAAGAGAGAUGGUAGAGAUGCUUUUUUCAGAUGACCCUGACCUACAGCUCGCAACCACACAGAAAUUCAGGAAGCUACUUUCCAAAGAGCCAAAUCCUCCAAUAGAUGAAGUGAUAAACACUCAAGGAGUGGUGGACAGAUUUGUUGAAUUCCUGAAAAGAAGUGAAAAUUGCACGUUACAGUUUGAAGCAGCGUGGGCACUGACGAAUAUUGCGUCGGGAACUUCCCAACAAACAAAAAUAGUAAUUGAGGCCGGGGCAGUUCCUAUCUUUAUAGAGCUGUUAAACUCUGACUUUGAGGAUGUUCAAGAACAGGCUGUCUGGGCAUUGGGGAACAUUGCUGGAGACAGCUCUGUGUGUAGAGAUUAUGUCCUUAACUGCGCUAUUCUUCCUCCCUUGUUAAUGCUCCUUACAAAGUCCACCAGGUUGACAAUGACACGAAAUGCUGUCUGGGCCUUGUCGAACUUAUGCAGAGGAAAGAGUCCGCCACCUGAAUUCGAUAAGGUAUCUCCCUGCCUGCCAGUGUUGUCCCGACUAUUAUUCAACAGUGACUCUGACUUGCUGGCAGAUGCAUGCUGGGCUCUUUCCUAUUUAUCAGAUGGCCCCAAUGAGAAAAUUCAAGCAGUUAUUGACUCGGGGGUGUGUCGGCGACUGGUGGAGCUGUUAAUGCACAAUGACUACAAAGUGGCCUCCCCCGCUUUGCGAGCAGUUGGCAACAUCGUGACAGGAGACGACAUCCAGACCCAGGUGAUUCUGAACUGUUCAGCCUUGCCAUGUCUCCUUCACUUAUUAAGUAGUCCCAAGGAGUCAAUCAGGAAAGAAGCCUGCUGGACUAUAUCUAACAUCACAGCAGGAAACAGAGCACAAAUACAGGCAGUCAUAGAUGCAAACAUUUUCCCGGUACUGAUAGAAAUCUUGCAGAAAGCAGAAUUCCGUACGAGGAAAGAAGCAGCAUGGGCAAUUACAAAUGCAACGUCAGGAGGAACUCCUGAACAGAUCAGAUACCUGGUAAAUUUGGGUUGCAUCAAGCCUCUUUGUGACCUGCUGACCGUCAUGGACUCCAAGAUUGUUCAGGUGGCGCUGAAUGGCCUGGAGAACAUACUGAGGCUUGGAGAGCAAGAAGCCAACCAGAGUGGGACAGGCAUCAACCCUUACUGUAGCUUGAUCGAAGAGGCGUAUGGCUUGGAUAAGAUAGAGUUCCUGCAGAGCCAUGAGAACCAAGAGAUCUACCAGAAGGCCUUUGACCUGAUUGAGCACUAUUUUGGAGUAGAGGAUGACUCCACCCUAGCUCCCCAGGUAGAUGAGAACCAGCAGCAAUUCAUCUUCCAGCAAGCUGAAGCCCCCAUGGAAGGUUUCCAGCUAUAAUGUGUCCGGGGGGGGGAAAAAAAAAAAACCACCACAAACUUGCCAGAAAGCAACUGGGAGCAGCUGAUUGUCCCAUUCCUCCUUGCAAAUGGAAGGCUGAACACCCACUCCACCUGUUAGGAAACAAUUCUUCCUUCAAACAACUAGAAACAGUGCUUUGUCCUCAUGGAAAGGAGGGGAUAUCUUGCACAUUUUUUCUUUUUGCUGCUGCAUAUGUGUCUUUAAUGCAGGCAUCUGGGUGGAGGAAGAACACUGAGGUAACAGAUUGUACCUCUUGGGGUUUUUUUCUUUGUGGUGAUCUCUCCCAAAUGUCACUUCUUACCUCGGGUACUUAAUUGAGAUUUCAGCAUUGGGUUGGGUAAGAACACAAAUAGAAAGUAAGCAUUCUGACAACAAUAAUUCUGGAAACCUGGGUUGAUCUAUUUAAUUUUUUGCACAUAUUACUCUUAUUAAAGACUCUAAUUUGCCAAGAGCAAAGUUUAGCCCUGGCCUUUCUGCGACCCUCCUUCAGUGGACAGUCCUGACAGAGCUGGGCCAAGUUCCCCUGAUACAUGCUGUAAAUGGACAAUGAAGCGGGACGUUCUCCCUCUCCGGGGAAGAGUUUUCUGGGGGAAGGAUUCUUCCCUUGGCCUAGAUUUUGUUCCCGAAGAACUGCUAGUAGCAUUUACAAGGAGAAAAGCACCACGACCCCAAGGCUGGUAACUGAAGAGGGCGGGAUGCUGGGGUGGUUUCUGAGAGGAAGCACAGCUGCCGCUGCACAGGCUUUGUUUGCAUUGCUACUGCUUGGAGUCACAGAACUGUUGAAAUGGUGAAAACCCAUCCUCAUCUUUACUUGAAAGCUUUUUUUUUUCUCCUGUGAGAAAAAUUGUGUUCUGAGUUCUGGA